AUGCCUUGUCUGGAAAGCCCCCUGUCCUCCGCCCGUUCCCCGCUCCACCCCUCCCUCGGAGGCUCCUCCCCCUCCCCUGACAUCCUCCUGUCGUCCUCGCCCGCCCUGCGGAGCCCCGCCUUCUCUUUCGACUCCUCCCUCGUCCGCCGCCCGCCCGAGGAGGGCGUGGCCGCCUGCCCCGCCUCCAGAGGGCGCUACCGCCCGCUGACCAACACCUCGUCCCAGGAGGCCCUGGCCACGCCCAGCCCCUCGCCCUCCAGGUCGUGUCCCAGCCCCGACUUCUCUCCCGUCUACCUGCGGCGGGGGAGGCGCCCGGACAGCGAGGUCCUGGUCUCAGAUGACAGUAGAGACACCAGUCCAGCAGACCCAGGAAGCGUUAUUUUUGACAAGAAGACCAAGAGAAGGUUUCUGGACUUGGGGGUGACUCUGCGCCGGUCUUAUGUGAGGGUUAGGAAGGAUAAAUCUAACAGGCUGUCUAUGGGAAGCAGGGAGCCAUCAGAGAGCCCGUCGCGCUCCUCCGGUUCCUUCGUACCGUUCUCCUGGUUCUCCGACAGCGCCCGGGGCUCUGUCUCCUGGGGAACCCCCCCCUGCUCCCCCAAGCUGGCCUCCCAGGACUGCCCCCCCCGCAAGUCUCACUCCCAGGAGUCAGCCCUCAGUGAGGAGUUCUCUCCCAGGAGUCCUGCCCAGACAUCCAGCGGUUCAACAGCAGACUCAUCCUCUCGCUCCUCCCACCCCUACCACACCCUGUCCCAGUCCUCAGACGAGCCCACAGACGAGCCGCUGGGCCUGGUGUCGUCCUGGAGCACCCUGCAGGUGUGCCAGUGGCUCCAGGGCCUGAACAUGGAGCAGUACAUUCCAGAGUUCUCAGCCAGGGAAAUCGACGGGGAGCAACUUCUGCAGAUGGACAACAGCAAGCUGAAGGGCUUGGGCGUGAACAGUUAUUCAGACCGCAGCGCUCUGAAACGUCGCAUCAAGGAUAUCCACACGGCGGCAGACAAGGAGCGCAAAGCGCAGGACAAGCUGGAGAAACAGAAGGAAAAACAGCGCAGGAAGGAUCUGGAGCAGCGCAGGAGCUACACCUAGCCACCAGAUGGCGCCACAACGCCCCCGCGACACCUGGGGGUGUGUUCAGGAACACGCAACUUUCAACUAUUGCAGUCGGACAGAAGAACAACUUGAGUCGAUGAUGAACUGUACGGCUUUAUUACAGUCAAAUGUCCGGGUGAGAAGACAUACUCAAGAAGUGCCAUUCUUGGACAGUUGUCAGCAGGCGAAGUAUGUGGAAAUUCUGAUACAUUUUUGGUACUGGAAAAUAAAUAUGGUAUGUUAUAUGUACACAAAUGUAUUCCAACAUUUUACAAAACACAAAAAGGGCCUACUUGCCAAAAAGAUUUUGUUAAUGGAUAUAUAUUAACUAUGCUAUCAGUGCUAUUAGAACGCUUUAUAUUCCCCGUACAGACUGUCAAAGCUUGAAAACAGCAGUGACAAAUCAAAGACUUUCGCAAACCAUCACCACAAACUCACCAUCAAACCUGUGUUUUUUACAUUGUAUGUAAAACACUGAUUCUACCUUCUCAUUAAGCGCAACAUAUCUCUCCAACACAUCACAGCAACAUCACUUCCUGUAACGUGAGUCAGCUCCGGCCAGCUGCCAUCACGUCAAGCCCGAGAUAAAGACCCUGACGUGAGCGUCACACGGACUAGGCGUUAGACUACCGAGUGUGUUUGUAUAUACAGUACUGUAUGUUUACAAUCUGCAUGUUUGUGAUUGUGGUAUGUGGAUGUGUGCGGGUAUGUUUGUAUAACUGUUUCAGGGGGAGGUUGUAGGAGGUCGAGGGGUCUACCACAGUGAUGGACUCCGGUGGGGUUCUGUUCCUGGGUACUUCUCAGUGGCUUGAAGCCUUCUCUUCAUCUUCCUCUCCUCCUCUUCCUCUCUUGUCCUCCUUCCCUCUCCUCUCUUCAAACAUUGUUGCAGGAGGGUUUUCAGUCAGAGGAGAAGAGAGAUGCAGAAGUUCAUACCCCAGUGCUGUACGCUGUCGCUUCAGUCUCUCCGGGUCGAUCUGAUCUACUCACGUGUCCAGAGUAACGUUCAGAGCUGGCAGAUCAGACGAAGGCUCAUGUGCAUCAUUUUUGACAACAAUGGUCAAUAAAAACAGCCCUUGCCCUCAAACGAGUUAUAGGCUGCCUGUUUCAUCCCUGUCCUUAAUCUCAUUACUCAAACAUUGUCACUCGCCCCUCUCGUUCCUUGUGCAACCCAGGGACUCCAGACUCA